AAGUGUUUUGUCGUUAGACCUGAAUUUAAAGAUUGGUCUGAAAAUGUCGUCAAAAGUAGUAACUUUCUGUUUAUUUUUGGUUCUAGUUAACCAAGUUUUGUCAGCUUCUGAUAAAGUUAUCUGUUAUUAUGCUAGUUGGGGUGCCGGAAGACCUGGAAAUGGCAAAUUUACACCCGAAGACAUAGAUCCCACCAUCUGUACACACAUAAAUUACGCUUUCAUAGGACUGAAUACUGACGGAACUCUACAAGUAUUGGAUGAAGAACUUGAUAUUAACCAAGAAGGUUUUAAUCGAGUCAGUGCUCUAAAACAACAAAACCCCAAUUUGAAAGUUCUCUUCAGUGUGGGCGGAGCUGCCGCUGAGCCUUAUAUUUUUGCGUCUGUUUCUGGUGACCCCGCAAAAAGUGCAACGAUGGCUCAAAGUGCUCUCGAAAUGAUUGAGAAGUAUAAUUUUGAUGGUUUAGAUGUUGACUGGGAGUAUCCGUAUGGAGGAAACGCAGAACAAUUCGUUAACCUUCUUACCAUCUUGAAAGAAGCUUUUCAACAUAAUGGCUACCUUAUAACAGUUGCUGUUAACUCUAUCCCCAGUGAAGUAGGUGGUUACGACAUACCAGGAAUGUCUGCAGUCUUAGAUAUCAUAAAUGUGAUGACAUACGAUUUUCAUAACUAUAUGGGAGGAGUAACAGCAGAGAAUUCUCCUUUAUAUGGUGGAGUUAAUGAAAGUCAGUGGCAAAAAGAUAAUCGUAAUGCCGAUGCUGCGAUAAGACAGUGGAUUGAAGGGGGCGCUGAUCCUACGAAAGUAGCCAUAGGGAUAGCUUUUUAUGGUCAUCACUUUAUCCUUUCGGAUCCUUCUAGUCACGGUCUAGAUGCCGUAAUCAGCGGUCCUGGUGAAGCUGGGCCAUAUACAGAUAACGUUGGCAGUUUAGGUUACAGCGAGAUUUGUGAACUACAUCCCAAUGGUAAUGUAGUUUUUCUCGAUGAUAUGAAAGUACCUUAUAUGUAUGAUGAUACGUUUUGGAUUGGAUAUGAUAAUGAAGAAUCUGUGGCUGCUAAAGUUCAGUAUGCAAAAGAAAACAAUUUAGCAGGUGUAUUUAUAUGGUCUGUAGAAACUGAUGAUCUGCAUGCUCUUUGUGGGGAGAAAAACGGUCUACUAAAUUCGAUAAAGAAAGCUAUGGAAAUCAAGGAGGGGUUGACUUGUAACGAUAUCGUCAGGGAGAGGGUUCCAAUGAUUAACAACUCUGUUGGUGAGAAAUGUUCGUCGAGCAGUGGAAGUGACAAAUGGGUGAUGAUGGAUUAUAGAGUUGUUAGUCGCAUUAGUGAGAGCCGUUCAUGGUAUUGCGGUCUAAUUCUACCGAAAGGGAUUCUGCUGGUCGCCCUGCGCUGUACAGACUCCAACUGGUUAAUAUCUCGCUGCAAAACAGAAACUUUGGCACUCAAUCUACACAUAAUUAAACUUACCAACAUGCUGUCAAAAAUUAUCUUCUUGCUUUCUUUUUGUAUUUUUUACCUUCACUGUGUUUCAGGGGCAGCAGACAAAGUACUGUGUUACUAUGCAAGCUGGGGUGCUAAUCGGCCAGGAGAUGGUCAGUUUACAGCUGAAGAUAUUAAUGCCAAUCUAUGUACACACGUGAACUACGCUUUUCUUGGGUUGAACGACGAUGGAAGCUUGAAGAUCUUGGAUAAUGCCACUGACAUCGAAAAUGGAGGUUUAGAAAAAGUGGCUGCUCUUAAACAAAUUAAUCCCAACUUAAAGGCACUUUUUAGCUUGGGAGGAUACGCUGCAGGAACUCAACUGUUUACUGCAGUUUCCUCUGACGCAACCAAAAGAGCUACAAUGGCACAAAGUGCCAUCGAAUUUUGCCAGACAUACAAUUUUGAUGGACUUGAUGUCGACUGGGAGUACCCUCUUGAAGGAGAUAGACAAAACUACAUCACCAUGUUGUCAGAUAUAAAACAAGCUUUCGAACCUCACGGAUACAUUUUGACGGUCGCUGUAGCUGCCAUUCCAACAGAUGCUGCAUACGAUGUUCCAGCAAUGUCAAAUGUCCUAGAUGUCAUUAAUGUAAUGACUUACGACUUCCACGGUUCUUGGGCAGGCGUAACUGCUCAAAAUUCCCCUCUAUAUGCAUCUCCUCUUGACGGUGAAUGGCAAAAAGAUAAUUUGAACUGUAAUUCGUCCAUAACCCACUGGAUAUUGAGUGGAGCUGCUCCAGAAAAACUUGCCAUUGGUGUUGCAUUCUACGGGCAUGCGUAUACUCUUGCGGAUGCUAGUAACCAUGACCUUGGCGCACCAUCGAAUGGACCUGCCCCUGCGGGCGAAUUUACGCAAAAUAUGGGUACAUUGGGCUACAAUGAACUUUGUGAGUUUCACAAGGAUGGUACCAUCGUUUGGGACGAUGCACAGAAGGUUCCGUAUAUGUAUGACGAUACAUUGUGGGUGGGAUUUGAUAACCCUGAUUCUGUUGCACUUAAGGCACAGUAUGCCAAAGAUAAUAACCUUGCUGGAGUUAUGAUUUGGUCCAUAGAAACCGAUGAUUUACAUGCACUGUGCGGAACUAAAUACGCCCUAUUGCAGGCUGUUAAUGAUAACAUGAAGUAAUUUUAUAACACAUUUUAACAAAAAAUUAAUAAAUUGUACGUCGAA